CUGUUUGUAAAUCUUUCUAACGAUAAAAGCUAGGCGGAACUGCGGCUGUACGAAUAUACAGCUUCAGAGCUCCGGUGAGGUCUCCGAUUCAGCUCUGAGAUUGAAGAUCGACGUUUGUGAUUAAUUGUCUAGGGUUUCAGGAGACAGCCAUGAGAGUUCAUCCGGCGCCGAAGAAGAGGAGCAUCACAUUCAGGUAUGGAGUGAACGCGAGCUUCUCUGAAGCUGAGGCGAUUCGUAGCCGGCAGAAGAAGCUCCGCCGCUUGCCCCACAUAUUCAGCAAGGUACUCGAGCUUCCCUUCAGAGCCGACGCUCAUGUUUCCGUUGCUGAAGAUCCUGAUUGCUUCCGAUUUGUCGCUUCUGCUAUUGCCGGGUUCGAUGGCGGCGUGCGUGCACACGCGAUUCAGAUCUAUCCUGGGGUUAUGAAGAUUGUGAUAAGGGAAUCGGAAACUGGUAGUGGUGAUGUUUCCGUCGACGAUCUGGACGUGGAGGAUCUUGAGCUGGACAGGUGGAGGUUCCGCCUGCCGCCGGAGACUCGGCCAUCGCUUGCUACGGCGGAAUAUGCUGAUGGAGAGCUCAUCGUUAUUGUUCCGAAGGGACCGGAUUCUGAUGAUUCUGAACGCGAGGUGGAGGACGAUGGAUUGGGAGGCGAUCUUAUGGACAGCGACAUUAAUCGGCUUGUUCUUGUACAGUAAUACUCUAUCCCUCCCACAAUCUCCCUCCUCUCUCUCUCUCUCUCUCUCUCUCCCCCUCUCUCUUUCGCUCUUUGUUUCUCGCUUCACCAUCAUGAGGCCAUGAAUUGGAACUCAUGGGUAGUCUUAUUUAACCUAAUCGGAAACUAAAACGCUCUUUAUUGUACAUAAAAUAAGGGCAUGAAAAAUCUGAGCUUGCUUUUGCAUCAAAUGCAUUUAAAUCUGAAGAAACAUGCUCUAAAACCAGAACAUAUUAGAAUUUCUUGCUCAUCUAACUUUUCUGACCUGAAUUGCUAAUUUAAAUCGAAUUUAAGGACUGUUUGGUAAUUGCUAGUUAGAUUUAACCAGGGUUUGACAUAAAUAAAUCCCAUCAAUCUUUCAAAAAAACCCCAAAAUAAAUCCUACAAAUUUCUAAAUCCCAUUUUGCCUCCCUUUUUGGCCUAAAUCCAUAUUUUUCUAAAUCCUGUAAUUCUGCGAAUCCAAGGCAUUUAGACCCAUACAAGGGAUGUCGAUCGACGCCAUUGCCAUCGAGUUCCUGUAGCAGUUUCCCCUCAUCUCCGAGAGUAA